UCAAUUUGGUUAUUGCGAGGGCAGGUACCCGGCGAACACUCCGAAGGCGGCCUCCACGCCUUUGCCCUCGCUUUCCCUCGCAAUUUUCUCCUCUUUUUUCGGCCGCCUCCCCGCACAAGCGAUUCUCUUUCGACUCAUCAACUCCACGAAAGCGGACCGGGCCUCUCUGCGCCGCCGCCGCCGCCGCGCGCAAGCUAGAUUAGAUUCGCGGCUGAUCGCUCGUCGUCGGAGAUGAUCAGGCGGGGCGGCAAGGCGCGGGGGAAGGUCGCGGAGGAGGAAUGGCCGAGCCUGGUGGAUCUGGUGCUUGGCUGGAAACUCGAGGACGUCAUGAACGAGAACCUCUUCAAGGACAAGAUGAAAAGGAUACCGUCCACAUUCAGUGAUCUCAAGAGCUACUUAGAGUCCUACACCUCUCCAUUGCUGGAGGAGAUGCGGACGGAGAUGUCUUCUAGCUUGGAAGCCAUAUCCACCAUGCCUUCUACCAAAAUUUCGUGGAUCGAGCAAAAGAAAAACAACAAAGUUUACGACAUUGUUUUCGAUGCUGAUUCUCAGAAUUCUAAGGCAUGUAACCGACCUGAAAGUUAUGUUCCAAGUGUUGGUGAUAUCAUUAUCCUGUCUGAUGUGAAGCCGGAGCAUAUUUCUGACAUCACUCGCAAUGGGAGGCCAUAUAUUGUUGCCUUUGUCACAGAAGGAGGGGAUGAAGACGACGACUCACCUCCAGUUAAGUAUGUGAUCAUAUCAUCAGGAAAAAUUGAUUCUGAAGAUGGCAAGUGUCAAGAUAGGAAAGAGAUCAAACUUUUUGCUGCCUAUUUGCUCAAUAUUGUAACAUACAUCCGUAUAUGGCGCUGCCUUGACUACAACACUGCAGUCAGAAGAAAUCAAAGCCUCAUACAGGAGAUGGUACAUUAUCCACUGGUUGCAGACAUUGUUCAGAAACAGAAAAAGGAUCAUUCUAUCGACAGUAUGGAGAUAUGGAGUAAACUGUCUACGAUGGAUCUUAACAAUUCUCAGAAUGAUGCGAUCUUGAAUUGUAUCUCAUCAAUGCAUAGCAACAACAGCAGUAGCAGUUUUAGCCUUAUCUGGGGACCUCCUGGCACAGGAAAGACAAAAACAAUCAGUGUUCUGUUGUGGUUGAUGAGAGAAAUGGACCAUGGUACUCUAACAUGUGCACCCACAAACCUUGCUGUUAAACAAGUUGCUUCGCGUUUCUUGAAGGUGAUCAAAGAGUCUUCGGAUAGAGCCUGCUUAGGAGAUGUUCUACUCUGUGGCAAUAAACAACGCAUGUGUGUUGACGGUAAUCUCAAAGAGAUCUAUUUACAUGAUCGUGUAAGGACGCUGCUUGGAUGCUUUGUGCCAAUGACUGGAUGGAGACAUCGCCUAUCUUCCCUAUCUGAUCUUUUUGAGAAUGGUUACUCCCAGUAUCAGAAAUAUCUGGAAGACCAAAAGGAAGGUGAUAGCCUUACCUUUUAUUCUUACACUAGAAAAAGAUUUAAUGCUACUUAUCCAGAGCUUCGAAGAUGUUUCAAAGAAGUACUAUUCCAUGUUCCAAAAUCCACUAUCUUGGAAGUGAAUUACAACAAUAUCAUUUCACUUCUAGAGCUGCUUGAAGAUUUCAACAAGAAAUUCAUGAACAAAAAUAUUGAGGAUGAAGUGAAGGGAAUUUUCCUGUAUAAUGAUGAUCAAUCUGAUUCCAGUGUAUCCAGUCUGACAAAAUUUUCUAAAACAGCAAUCAGCCUCGGGAAAAUCAGAAUUAGAUGUCUCGAGCUACUGAAUAUGUUAUUAAGUAGCUUGAAACUUCCUAUAACUUCCUCCAAACGUACCAUUCGGGAGUUCUGUAUGGAAAGCGCCUCCAUAGUUUUCUGCACUGUAUCUAGCUCUUCCAAAAUAAGUAAUAAAAAACUACAGUUGCUUGUUGUUGAUGAGGCUGCUCAGUUAAAAGAAUGUGAAGGAUUGAUCCCGUUGCGUUUGCCUACUUUAAAGCAUGCUAUUCUUAUUGGUGACGAGUGCCAAUUGCCAGCAACUGUCAAAAGCAAGGUUUGUGAGGAUGCGUCGUUCGGGAGAAGCCUCUUCGAGAGGUUGAGUUCACUGGGACAUGAAAAACAUCUCCUUAAUAUGCAAUACAGAAUGCACCCAUCCAUUAGUAUCUUUCCAAACAUCAGCUUCUAUGAUAGGAAACUCUUAGAUGCUCCUAAUGUCAAGCAGAAAGAACACCGAAAGAAGUACCUUCCAGGUCUUAUGUUUGGUCCUUACUCUUUCUUCAAUAUUGAAGAUGGUAAGGAGGAUCUUGAUGAACUUGGCCGCAGCAGAAAGAAUGUGGUUGAGGUUUCUGUCAUACAGGAAAUAUUGCGAAAUCUCCAAAGAGCCCAUUCUAAAACCAAAAAUAAGGUUACAGUUGGUGUCAUAUGUCCAUAUACUGCUCAAGUCCUAGCAAUUCAACAAAAACUCGGGAAAAUGAAGUUUGACCCGGUCAUAGUAAAAAUUAAUUCUGUUGAUGGCUUUCAAGGUGGUGAGGAAGACAUAAUCAUUUUAUCAACUGUGAGGUCCAACUCAGAUGGGGCUGUAGGUUUUCUUUUCAAACCGGCAGCGCACAAAUGUGUCACUUACACGAGCAAGGUAUUGCCUUUGGAUUUUGGGAAAUGCAACAACCUUAUCUAGGUCUGGCUCUAUCUGGGCAGAUCUAGUUCGUGACGCGAAGGAUCGACAGUGUUUCUUCAACGCAAACAGUGAUAAGGAUAUCUCCCGUGUGCUUGCUAAGCACAAAAUUGAGACCAAUAAAGUUAAAGAUAGAAAGAGUACACCAUUCAAAGUCAGAAAUAGUGGGGUUUGGGUUCAAGUGCCAUCCCGAAGUGGGAUGAAAGAUGAAAGCCCUUCAACUUCAACUGGCAUUGGUGGUUUCCCCGGGGAUACAGAAGAAAAUGUAGAGGAUAUCACCGUAUGCUUAAGUAAUCUUAAAAUUCGUUGAGGAUUCUACACUCUGUUUCUGAAACCCUAUACUUGAGUUGGCACCAGGGCGUCAGAGUAUAUAUAAGCAGUAUUGUUGAUCAGGUGCCCAAAUCCCAAACAAUGCAGUAUUGUAGCUCGCCCGAUCCUUAUAAAUUUUGCUUAGUCA